AUUCAGAUAUUCCAUGUAACGUACCGCGAGAGGUGUGAUACGCUUCGUGUAAAGUGAUCCAAGUUUUCACGAAUUUUCCGCAAGACUACAAAUAAUUCUUGCUCUUUCAAAUCUGUGAGAAACCACGCACCGCACAUCGCAUAAUAUUUCUCGUUUUUCAAACGGUUGUUAUUACCGUGUAACACGGAAGGGACGCCGUCCUUUUCGCUGUCUAUCGUAUAGUUUUAUUGUCUAUACGCUGCCGCGUUUAUCGUCUAUUGUCGGCUAAAUCGAGGACUGAAGAGUGGCUUUUGUUUUUCUUCAUCUUCUUCUACGAAAAUGCCUGUCGAACUUGUUCCCGUUACUCCAUUGGCUCACUGCGCCGCCCGCGAACCUCUUAGGGAACCGCAACCUCGCAAGAUGAAUAAACUGUGCCGCCAAGUUUCAAUUGAAAGUCCUGGACUAGCAGGUCGAGACUGCGUCUUCAGCUUUGACAUCCCAGUCCCAGAUGUUCCUGCGAAUGGUGCUAGAAUUCGGGUGGUUUGCGCAGGCGCAUGUUACCGGCCUCGUCGUUCUCCAAGCCAGACAAGUCUGACGUCGGUAUCGAGUACUGGAAGCCUGCUAUCGCAGGAUGUUUCACAGGAGGGUGACUUACCAGUGAGUCUUCCGCACUACGGAGUCAGAGACGCAGCUCUUUUCCCUGGUUAUGAAGUCGCUGGAACCAUAGAGUCCCUGGGUAGCGAAAUAAAGGAAAACUGCGGCUACGCAGUUGGAGACAGAGUUGUUCUUUACCCGUACGACGGAGUUCCCAACGGCUAUGCAGAGUAUAUGGUCGUCCACGACUUGAAGUAUCUCAUCAAAAUACCUGACAGCAUGGAACUCAGUGUUGCUGCUAUGCUGCCCACCGGUGCUCUUCUGGCGAUGAACACUGUUUUCGCCGCUCACGAACAUGUCCAAGCUCUGCUCGCCGAGAGGGGUGACAACAGCGUCUGCAAGAUCCUCAUAGUUGGAACUGGUGGACUCGCCCUUUGGGCAAUGAGAAUCGCAGCUUAUCACUUCAGCAAUAUGAAGAACAGAGUUACCAUCACCAUCGCCUCUCUUAAGGAUGACGGACUCAUGAUGGCUAAGGAAUUCAAACGUGUGAACGUUGUUCAAUGGAACGAAGAUUUGUACGAGAAACAGUUGAUAGAACGGACAAUGGAUGCGUGUCAGGGUCUUGUCGACGUUGUAAUAGACUUUGGAACAACAUCACGAAGCCUUCACCGCAGUCUGCAAUGUCUUGGGAAGGGUGGCGUAGUCUUCGUCAUUCGAGAAGUGGCUGAUCGUCUUUUGCCCAAGUUCAGCAGACGUGCAGAGGAACGACAGCAAAGCAUCAAGCCAGUUGAUCCCGGUUCCUUGCAACAGCUGGAAGAACUUGUACAGUUGGUAGCUUCGGGAGAAAUCGAACCUCCUCCACACACGGUUUACCCUGCUGAAGAAGCCCUUGAUGUUGUACAGAAGCUGUGUCAUUCCGAGAUACAGGGAAGGGCGAUUCUCCGUUUUUAUCCGACAGAUUAAGGGGAUGUCGAUGAUACGCCCUGGAGAGAAAUCUUCAUGAUUUGUUUAACCGAUCAAGUCUCUCACGUUUAAAUGAGGAGAAAUUUUAAAUCGUUCCUAUGCGGCUAGUUUGGAGAAAAAUGUUUUGUCGUUGCGUUAUGAAGAAACGCAUUUAUUUGCUUUACGCAAUUCAUUUCAUCACCAUUUUUUUAUUUUUUUUUAUUUUUUAGAAAACUGUACAGUUUUCCUCGAGCAUCUAGUAAUUGACAUUAAGCAAUUAUAGCCAUGAAUAAUUUAUCUCGUUUCAUUUUAGAUCGCAGUAUUUUUAUAAUUCUGUUCAAUUCAGAUAUUCUAAGUAUGCUCUUUACGGUCAUGAUAUUUAUGGCUUAUCAUGCGCGAUAGAUUUAUUUUUUUGUACCUUGAAUAAGACUGUUUUAUUAAUUUAAGAUUACUUAUUUUUUUUUUUUUGUCAAUUUAUAAUUGUAUUUUUAAGAAAUCCUGACGACUUAGUAUUUAAGGAAAUGUAUUAGUAUUUACUGUCUGUGUUACUGUAACAAUUUAAGUAAAUAUUAUAUGCCGAUAAGUGAUAGUAUGAUAUAGUAAAUGUUUUUUUUUAAAUAA